AUGACAGGUUUACUGAAGAAACAUGGAAUCAUUCACAAGGUGGCAGUGGCUUACCAUCCCCAGACCAAUGGACAAGCCGAGGUGUCCAAUAGGGAGAUCAAGCGCAUACUAGAGAAUAUUGUGAAGCCUCAUCGGAAGGAUUGGAGUGCUAGACUUGCAGAUGCGCUUUGGGCUUAUCAGACUGCGUACAUAUCAGCCUGCGAAGCUGUUUGGAGAAUAUUCAGCCAGUUUCCAAAUAAGUUCGUGUGGAAGGAACACAUUUCUUUGUGGAUUCCAAGGAAACAAGGCUUCUCAAUCGACAGACUUACUCAUGUUCCACGAGGAAGUGGUGAAGAUUAUUACCUAAGACUUCUGCUCAAUAUUCAAAAGGGGUGUAUAAGUUUUGUUGACAUAUGUACAGUUGCAGACGUUGUGUACAGCACGUUCAAGGAAGCAUGUUAUGCAUUGGGCCUUCUGCAAGAUGAUAAAGAAUUUGUUGAUGCCAUCUUGGAAGCAAAGAAAAUCCAUGCAAUCUGUAGAUCGAAUAAUGAAUCCGAAUCUUCCAAAGAUAGAGAAAAAAACUAUAAGCUAAUGGUAGAUCACCCAGAGAGCUUGAUGGGAUGCCUUUUUCCAAGCUUAGAUGAUCGGUUAUUCAUGGAUGAACUAAACUUUAACGUCGAUGUUCUGCGCAAUCAGUUGGAUACAAACUUAACAAACACGAAUGUAGAUCAAAUGAAAGCAUUCGAUGUGAUUAUCAAUGCUGUAAAUGGAAACCAAGGUGGUUUUUUUCAUCUAUGGGUAUGGUGGAACCGGGACAUUGUUAGGUUUGAGCCUUACUAUAUUCUAGAACUACCAUUUGGAGGAAAGGUUGUGGUUUUAGGUGCUGACUUCAGGCAAAUUCUACCUGUAAUUCCAAUGGGAUCUCGCCAAGAUAUUGUCCAAGCAGCCUUCAACUCAUCUCACAUAUGGCAACACUGUAAUGUAUUAAGACUAACAAUUAACAUGCAUUUAACUGUUAAAGCAACUUAUACGUCACUCAUUGAUGUUUCUCGAUUCGCUUUAUGGUUGCUAGACAUAGGUGAUAGUAUUGCUGGAGAUUCAAUUGAUGGUGAGUCUAAUGUGGUAAUCCCCGGUGAAAUUAUAAUUCAAGAUUUCAACCAAUUGGUUGAUUUUGUUUAUCCCAACCUGUUGGUUAAUAUCAACAACAUAUCAUUUUUCAAAGAUCGUUCAAUCUUGGCUCCAACGCUAGAAGUUGUAAACGAUCUUAACUCAUUUAUUAUGCAACGUGUGGAUGCCGAUGUGAAAACUUAUUUAAACUCAGAUACUUUAUGUCUCAAAGAAGGAAACAUAGACUCUAAAUUGGAUACACUUAAACCAGAUGUCCUUAAUGCAAUUAAUUGCUCUGGUUUGCCGCCUCAUGAAUUGACUCUGAAAGUAGGUCUUCCGGUCAUGCUACUACGUAACAUUGAUCAGUCAAACGGGUUAUGUAAUAGAACAAGAUUACAGUUAAGAAGAUUAGGUAACCAUGUAAUUGAAUGCAUCAAGCUAACAGGAGACAAAAUAGGCCAAGUCGUUCAGAUAUCGCAGAUGAAUAUGACUCCCAAUAACCAAGCUUUGCCAUUUAGAUUCUAA